UACAAAUCUGGGGCAAGCGUAUCAGGAUUCGGCCCCCUUACAUUCGUCCUUUGCUGUGAAUCAUGUCUAUGAUCAGCAACAUUCCCUAAACUUCUUCUUCUUCUCGGAGAUUCAUGCGUAUGGAAACCCAGUAUUCUGUUUCACAUUCUUACACUUCGGCGAUGAAGAUGACCAUUCCGCCGUCCCAGCAUGCCGACAAUGACCGGAGCACCACCGAGCUUCGCGCCUUGGACUGCAACCUCACCUCCCUCUGCGACCACAUCCAGAUUGAGGGGUUCAAUUCCGGCGCAUUCUCUGACAUCGUCGUCCACGCCAUGGGUUCCACGUACCACCUCCAUCGCCUAAUUCUCUCGCGCAGCUCUUACUUCAGGAAUAUGCUCCAUGGGCCGUGGAAAGAAGCCAGUGCUCCUGUUCUAACUUUGCAUGUUGAUGAUAAAAAUGUCAAUGGGGAAGCAAUUGCAAUGGCUUUGGCGUAUCUGUAUGGACAUCACCCUAAGUUGAAUGAUAAUAAUGCGUUUCGUGUCCUCGCUGCUGCUUCUUUUCUUGACCUUCAGGAUUUGUGUUCGAUAUGCACUGAUUUUAUUAUAGCUGAACUGUGGACUACAAAUUUCUUGGCUUACCAGGUAUUUGCGGAGAGCCAAGAUUAUGGAAUACAUGGCGAACGUGUAAGAAAUGCUUGCUGGGGUUACCUUUGUCAAAGUGGUGCCGUGGAAUUGAAAGAGGUGCUUCCAAAGCUUUCAUCUCAGACCUUGUAUGCCUUGCUGACCUCUGAUGAAUUAUGGGUGCCUAGCGAAGAGAAACGGUUUGAACUUGCAUUGUAUACAUUCCUCACUAAAGGCGCCCAUUGCAAGGAGGAAGCUUCUGAGCCAGUUUGUUCCAGCUCUGAGACUGAACCUGAGAAUUCUAAGACACAAGAAAAUUGUUCGAAAGAUACCUCUAAUGAAAGAUUGGAAUCUGAGCUUGGACAUUUAAGUUUGAAGGAUGGGCUAGACGUCCAUGAAACUGCUCAUAAUCUUCUAGUGGAGCUUUCAGAUUGUGUGGUUGACUUCCAAACAAGAGCCUCCAAUUCUAAACAGAAGAUGCAACAAGCUACAUACUCUGAGUCAAAUUUAGAACCACCAUGUUUGUGCAAUGUGGAAGGGUCGUCAUCUUUAAAUAAUUCAUUCUCUGAUACGAAUAGAAUUCUAAGCUCAUGUUCCUAUAUCAACUUACCAAUUACGGUUGGAGUUAGUGGACUUGGUGCAAGUGGCGUUGCUAUGGAAGGGCCAUCAGAAGAAGGCUGCUAUCAAUUGGAUAACAAUACUUGGCUUGCCAGGGACCAAACAAGACAUUGUUCUUCUGUGAACUCUUCUACCAAUGGACUCCCUACAAAUGAUUGGGGAAGAUGUGGCAUGCCGGCUGUUUCAUGGGGUGGCAGGGUUGUAGGUAGAAGGCAACUUAAAAGUUAUGCUAAAGGCAACUUGGGUGCAAGAGGAGAGGAUUAUGAUGUUUUUGAUAGUUUAUUUGAAGGGGGUUCACUUUUGUACUGCAACAUGAAUUUUGAAGCACUUCUUAAUAUGAGAAAACAACUCGAGGAGUUGGGUUUCCCUUGCAAGGCUAUAAAUGAUGGUCUUUGGCUGCAGAUGCUUUUAAGGCAAAGGGUACAAGAGAUUGUUGCUGACACAUGCAAAAAUUGCUGCCUUACAAGUUUAGCAUGUGCAUGCCGGCAGCCAUUUGCAUUUGCACGGGGAGUCAAUGCCUCAGGAUAUUAUAUCAAUGAGCAUGAUCAGAACAGUUCUCCUGGCAAUGUGGGAAACAUAUAUGUUGCAGAAUCUUCUCAAGGUGAAGGAAAUGGCCCUUUCAGACCUGUCCGAGUGCAUGUUAGAGGACCAAUUGAAGGGCUUGCUGGAAUUGGACGUGGAGCCACUUUUGUGCCGGCGAGUGCCUGGCCUCCAACACGUUUUGUCUACUCCCGUGUGUCUAUUGGCAUGGGCAACAGAAAUUGUCAUCAAUCCCUUGCUAAUGAUGAUUCAGAAGCUAGAGCUGAUCACAGUGGAGACUUGUCUGGAGAUGGGUUGACGGCAUUGGUUGGUUUGAGCCAAGGAGGCAGCGGCAGUAUGAAUGGGCAGGGAGAACCAACAGAGAGAGGAUAUGAGAUGGAACUGCAGAGCAGAAUGUCUGGAACCUCCAUGGCAGGUCCAAGUGCCACUGGUAUUCCUGUUCAGAUGCUUCAAGCAUCAGAUCAUGCCCUUGGAAUUGAGUGGGAGAAUGAAAACAGUUCAAUUGCAUUGGAUAUGAAAACACCUUUAAGUCACUUCCCCCCUUUUCGCUUUGGCGUGCAAUUUGAGGACGUGCAUAGGCUUAAUGAUGGUCAAGUCAAGCACUCACCUGAGUUUUUCUAUGCUGGUUCUCUAUGGAAGGUCAGUGCUCAGGCUUUUAACGAUGAAGACCCACAAGGACGACGAACUCUAGGAUUAUUUCUUCACAGGCGGAAGGCAGAAAUAUCUGAUUCUCUCAGAAAGGUACAUAUGUUUGUGGAUUCUCGCGAAAAAGUUACCGCACGAUAUCAGUUAAUAUGUCCAUCAAAGAGGGAGGUGAUGGUAUUUGGAAGCUUCAAACAGACAGGUACUCUUCUACCGAAAGUUCCCAAGGGAUGGGGUUGGCGAACGGCCCUCCUAUUCGAUGAGCUUGCGGAUUUUCUUCAACACGGAGCCUUGAGGGUGGCUGCCGUUGUGCAGCUAGUUUGAGAAGUGGUAUGUAUCUUGUAUUUAGUAUUACUAUGGUGCCCCCACAGUAGUUUUUUCUUCUUUCGAGAGUUGCCCCUAAAGUUGAGCGCGAGCCUGUCAAUAAUACAUCUUUGGAAAGCAAAAUGCAUAUGUGGUCUAAAAGUGUGUGAAAUGAAAAUGCUUUGCUUUGGUCUUUUAAGUUUCAAAAUUAGACAGUUCAACAUCUGGAGUUUGAUCAAUGGUUCAAAUUGGUCUCUGGUAUUAGUUUCUUUUUUUCGAGUGACACUAAUGAAAAAGUGAGUAAACCAUCUAGGUUUGGGUUGUCUAGUAGUUGCGUAGGGGGACAAGUAAAAAAUAACAGGACUUAGGGAGGACGAGUUCAAAUGUCAUGGUAGUCACUUACCUUAAAACUUGUAUAUACAAAAUGUCGUAGGAUCAGAUUAGUUGAAGAUUGUGCGGUUGGCUUUUCUGAGAUAGGGAGAGUUUUUAGGGGGACAGAACAAGGAAGGAAAAAAAGGCCACAUAAGUAAAUAUAUAAAACUUGUAUAUUAUUUAAAGCCAAUAUAUCAUCAUUUACUUUAUUCAGCCAUUUCUUCAUUAGUGGCACUGACAGAAACAGUACUUUCAGAGACCAUUAUGAAUCAUUCUUUUAAAUUCCAAGAGUUAAAUGUCACAUUUUUAAAACUUAGGUUGGGAAAAUUUACUAGUACUGUAGCCUGUUCAGGACAAAGAUUGUAAUCGAAGAUAUAUACUAUAUAGUAUUGAAUCUAUUGA